AUGGACAAAAAUCCUGAUCUUUCCUCUCUCAUAAAGAGUCUGAUCCAACACUUUGGAUCACCGGAAAGUGCAGCCAAACAUCUCUCCGCCCUCCCUCAGAUGGCCGAAUCAACCGACAAACCCUCGUCUUCUCAAACUCCGGUGGAAGUCCCAGGAGGAAUUUUUCCUCCAGCUCCUUCUCCAAAGGGCUCUCCGAAGAGAAGUACCACUGAAUCGUCUGUGGGAGCUGAUGUUGAUCCCGUCUCCUUGCAAAUGAUAGAAACUCCCAUCAACCCUGAGCCGAUCUCCACUGUUCCUCCUCUUGAGAGUGUUCAUUCAAAAAUAGCGCCUGGUUCCUCUGCGAAAGGUGACGAAAACCUCACGAAGGGGAAAACUUCUGUUCAUGCGACCUCGAAAAAAUCCACAGAACAUCUAGCUUUUGGUGUUACUCAACAUCAAACUCCUCUUCCUACUCCAAGCGAAGAGUCAAUUCCGUCUUCAAAAGAGGAAUCAGCGCAUGCUUCUCAAGAUACCUCUAUGGAGAGAAUUGGGGAAAUUGCCAAAGAGGCCCUGCUUGAUCUUGCUUCACAACCGGGGUCAGAUGUUGAUAAAGCUUCUAUUGUUGCUGAAGAAGAAUGUGUUGCUGGUGAUAUACCCACAUCCAUGGAUGUUGAUGACUCUGAAAAGAUUCCUGAUGUUGGUCAGGAUGUUGAUCCAGAAGAAAGCACAGAUGUGAUUGAUGUUGACACCUUUGUUCCUGACAAGAAAAGCCGAAAACGUAAAGCUGGAGUUGCCUCUCUCAGGCGGUCCUCAAGGUCAAAAUCCACACGGGUGAUCCCUUCUACUCUCAAUCUUCCCAGCCGAGAAGACAGUGAUGUUGGUCCAAUAUCACAGCCUCCUGUUCUCAAGCCAAAGGUUGAACAUUCUCCCAACUCAAAGAGCGGAAAGGUAUCUUCUGCCUCUCACACUACCUCCCCUCGCAUCAGCUGCUCUGGAAGCUCCUCUGAAUCAGAGGUUGAGGUUAGUAAGUCGUACUCCACUCGUUUUUACACUCGUGAAGCAAAGAAUGCUCUCAAAGUGUUGGCUGCUAGGAAGUUUCAUAAUGAUAGACGUGCGGAUGAGGAUUUCUUUUCAAAGUAUAAGCUUGAUAUCCUUUUGCAAGAUAGGGGUAUGUGGGGUACAGUUGUUAAUGUGUUUCCUUAUGAUGCUGAGAUUGUUAGGGAGUUCUAUGUUAAUCUGAUGACAGAAGCUUUUGACCCAAAAUCUGUUAAGUUUGGGAAAGUUUUUGUUAGGGGUAAGGUCUUUGAUUUCUCCCCAACUGCCAUUAACAAAGCAUGUUACACUGCGAAUACCAACACUGAUGAUGUUGAGGUUAAUGAUGAUGAGAUGACUAGGGAGUUGACUGGAGGGAAACUUAAGGCUUGGACCUCGAAGUUUGCUGCAUCCACUUUGUCUUGGAAAUAUUCUGUGCUUCACAAGAUUGCAGUUUACAACUGGCUUCCAAGCAAAAACACUACUGCUCUAACCAAGGAACAAGCUGAAUUUAUCUUUAAAGUUGGUAAGCCUCUGGCUUUCAACUUUGGUGAGCAAGUGUUUGCUAACAUCUCUCGUGCAGCCUUCAAAUCCACAGGUGGAAGUAUGCUUCCCUUUCCAAGCCUCAUCUACAAUCUCUUGAAGAAUCUACUUGAGUUUUCCAAAACCCUCCUCACUCUUGAUCGUGUCAAAGAUCUCCCCUACGAACCUUCACGUGCUGGUCCUACUUUGUCUCCUCAGCCUGAUGAUGAAGCUGACUCUGCUGAAGCUGAGAUUGACAUGUAUGGUGAAGACGAAGAUGUUGAUCGUGGGACUGCUCCUGAUGUUGCACUUGAUGUUUCCAACAUCAUUUCUGUCAAAGCACAUCUCACUAGAGAAACAUCCACAUCUCGUAAAGGCAAGGAACCAGCUGGAGAUUCAGAAGUUGAGAUUGAUCUUGAUGUUGCAGAGCUCAUCAAGGCCAGAGAGGAUCUUCUCAAGCUCAAAAGACAAGUGCAGUUGAUGGUGGAUCGGACGAUCAAGAUGGGACAGGACAUGCUUGCACGGGUCGAUAGCUGUGAACAUGUUUUCUCAAAACUCCUACCUUUUCCUUCUUCAACAAAAAAGGGGGAGUAG